AAAAAAACAACUAUGCGAAAAAAACGGGACUUUCCUUCGAUCAAGAGCCGAGAACUGGCAAAAGACUUUGGGAUCAUCUUGAAGUAGAAUCAACGGCUGUCAAAUUCAAGCGUAAUCAGAAAAGCAACUAUCCAGAAAUCGAAGAAGCAAUGUUAAUUUGGGUUGAUCAAGCUAUUGCUCGGGAACUCACUAUCCAAGGAACCUUAGUUCAAGAGAAAGCUAAGUGGUUUGCUGAAAGACUCGGACGACGAGAAGAAUCAGGAAGUGCACCAAUUGAAGAUAUUCCACGAUUUCGGAUCGAAUUACAAGAUGUUCUCCGUGGAUAUCCAUUGGAAAAUAUUUUCAAUU